AUGGAGAAACAGGCAGACCAUGGAGGGUGGCUUCCGCCCUUCAGCGUCAAGAUUAGCCUGACCUUCGAUGGGAGCCCGGUGCAAGAGGUUUUGAACACCCACUUUAGCCUGCUCGUUGCUCAAGAGGAGAUCCAAUCGACUGUGCUCGAGCAGCUGGGGCAUCUCAUGUCAGCGAGCUUGCCAUUUGUUGGCCGGGGCAUGCAGGAGGCCGCGGAGCUUCACCAGAAGCUGCAAGACAUCCAUACGCUGUCAAGGACCGGCACUGCGGAUCUGCGGCCCACGCCCAAAGCGCUCCGCCUGGUCUUGCGCGCCCGGAGCUCAUGGCUCAAGCGUGCAUCCCAAGCCAAGAGCCGGGUCGAGAGCGAGACCCCUCGCUCGCCGGCGUUCCAUCGGCUCGGCUCGGCGGAGCUCCACUGA